GCUCGCUGCCUCUGGCGUCUCGGCCCGGACGGAGCCUGCGGCCGGGCGAAGCGCCCCCCGGGAGGGAGGUGGGGCUGGAAGAUAUGAUUUUCAACAUCAUGAGCACAUGACUUCAAGAAUGGACAACUGGGACUCUACUAAUUCUUAUUAGCCUUAAGCAGAUUCAAGCAUAGAAAAAUCUCAUCCAGUUCUGUACUUUCCCAUUUAAACCUGCCUUGACAUCACCGUUCUUUGUGCAGCCAUGUAUGGGAGUGCGCGUUCGGUUGGUAAAGUUGAACCGAGCAGUCAGAGUCCUGGGCGUUCACCGAGGCUUCCUCGUUCACCUCGUUUGGGUCACCGUCGAACCAACAGCACAGGAGGGAGUUCUGGAAGUAGUACUGGAGGUGGCAGUGGUAAAACUCUUUCAAUGGAAAAUAUCCAGUCUUUAAAUGCUGCCUAUGCGACAUCAGGGCCUAUGUACUUAAGUGACCAUGAAAAUAUGGGUCCAGAUACUCCUAAAAGUACCAUGACACUUGGCCGUUCUGGAGGUCGGCUGCCAUAUGGUGUUAGAAUGACUGCUAUGGGCAGUAGCCCCAAUAUUGCUAGCAGUGGGGUUUCUAGUGACACCAUAGCAUUUGGAGAACAUCACCUCCCUCCUGUGAGUAUGGCAUCCACUGUACCUCAUUCAUUGCGUCAAGCAAGGGAUAACACAAUUAUGGAUCUACAGACACAAUUGAAGGAAGUGUUGCGGGAAAAUGAUCUGUUACGUAAGGAUGUAGAAGUGAAGGAGAGUAAAUUGAGCUCUUCAAUGAAUAGCAUCAAGACCUUUUGGAGCCCAGAGUUGAAGAAGGAACGAGCUCUGAGAAAAGAUGAAGCUUCCAAAAUCACUGUUUGGAAGGAACAAUAUAGAGUGGUACAAGAAGAAAACCAGCACAUGCAGAUGACAAUCCAGGCUCUCCAGGAUGAAUUGCGAAUCCAGAGGGACCUAAACCAACUAUUUCAGCAAGACAGCAGUAAUAGAGCUAGUGAACCCUUUGCAGCAGAGCUGACUGAAGAGAACUUUCAGAGGCUACAUGCUGAACACGAGAGGCAAGCCAAGGAACUAUUUCUUCUUCGUAAGACCCUUGAAGAAAUGGAGCUGCGCAUUGAGACUCAGAAACAAACACUGAAUGCACGGGAUGAGUCCAUAAAAAAGCUUUUGGAGAUGUUGCAGAGUAAAGGACUGUCUGCCAAGGCUACCGAAGAAGACCAUGAAAGAACAAGACGCCUGGCUGAGGCAGAGAUGCAUGUACACCACCUCGAAAGUCUUCUGGAGCAAAAGGAAAAAGAGAGCAAUAUGUUGAGAGAGGAAAUGCAUCGGAGAUUUGAGAAUGCUCCUGAUUCUGCUAAAACAAAAGCUCUGCAAACUGUUAUUGAAAUGAAGGACUCAAAAAUAUCCUCAAUGGAGCGUGGGCUCCGAGAUUUGGAGGAAGAAAUCCAGAUGCUGAAAUCCAAUGGAGCUUUGAGCACAGAAGAACGUGAGGAAGAAAUGAAACAAAUGGAAGUAUAUCGCAGCCAUUCCAAAUUUAUGAAAAACAAGGUAGAGCAACUGAAGGAGGAGCUAAGUGCGAAAGAGACUCAAGGGGAAGAGCUGAAAAAGAAAGCGGCUGGUCUCCAGGCUGAGGUCUUUGCCAUUGGUCAGGUGAAACAGGAACUGUCUCGAAAGGACACAGAACUCUUAGCCUUACAGACAAAGCUAGAAACACUUACAAAUCAGUUUUCAGACAGUAAGCAACACAUUGAAGUGCUAAAGGAAUCAUUGACUGCAAAAGAGCAGAGAGCUGCCAUCUUACAGACAGAGGUAGAUGCACUGAGAUUACGGCUAGAGGAAAAGGAAACCAUGCUUAAUAAGAAGACAAAGCAGAUACAAGAGAUAGUUGAAGAGAAAGGAACCCAAGCAGGAGAAAUACAUGAUCUCAAGGAUAUGCUGGAUGUGAAGGAGCGGAAGGUCAAUGUUCUACAGAAGAAGAUAGAAAAUCUUCAAGAGCAACUUAGAGAUAAGGAGAAACAGAUGAGCAAUUUGAAAGAACGAGUCAAAUCUCUACAAGCUGACACCACCAAUACUGACACUGCAUUGACUACUCUUGAAGAAGCCCUUUCAGAGAAGGAAAGGACAAUUGAACGCUUGAAGGAGCAACGGGACAGAGAUGAGCGGGAGAAGCAAGAGGAGAUUGACAACUAUAAGAAGGAUCUGAAGGACUUAAAGGAAAAAGUCAGCCUCUUGCAAGGAGACCUCUCUGAGAAAGAGGCUUCACUGUUGGACCUCAAGGAACAUGCUUCUUCUCUGGCUUCUUCAGGACUAAAGAAGGAUUCAAGACUUAAGACACUAGAGAUUGCUUUGGAGCAGAAGAAAGAAGAGUGUCUGAAAAUGGAAUCACAAUUGAAAAAGGCACAUGAAGCAACUCUAGAAGCCAGAGGCAGUCCUGAGAUGAAUGAUCGGCUCCAGCAGUUAGAGAGAGAGAUUACACAGCAUAGGGAUGAAUCCAGUAAGGCCCAGGCAGAGGUAGAUCGUCUCCUGGAAAUCCUAAAGGAGAUGGAAAAUGAGAAGAAUGAUAAAGAUAAGAAAAUAGCUGAGCUGGAGAGUCUCACCUCAAGGCAAGUAAAAGACCAAAAUAAGAAGGUUGCCAAUCUGAAGCACAAGGAGCAAGUGGAGAAAAAGAAGAGUGCGCAGAUGUUGGAAGAGGCCCGGAGGAGGGAGGACAAUCUCAAUGACAGUUCUCAGCAGCUCCAGGACAAUCUCCGUAAGAAGGAUGACAGAAUUGAAGAACUAGAAGAGGCACUAAGAGAAAGUGUACAGAUAACUGCUGAACGAGAAAUGGUGCUAGCCCAAGAGGAGUCAGCCAGAACCAAUGCUGAAAAACAGGUGGAAGAAUUGAUGAUGGCCAUGGAAAAGGUAAAACAGGAACUAGAAUCCAUGAAAGCAAAGCUGUCUUCUACUCAACAAUCAUUAGCAGAAAAGGAAACUCAUUUGACCAAUCUUCGGGCAGAACGGAGGAAACAUUUGGAAGAGGUCUUAGAAAUGAAACAGGAAGCUCUCCUUGCUGCCAUCAGUGAAAAAGAUGCAAACAUAGCUCUUCUGGAGCUUUCAUCCUCCAAGAAGAAGACCCAAGAUGAGGUGGCUGCAUUGAAACGUGAGAAGGAUCGUCUGGUACAGCAGCUGAAACAGCAGACUCAAAAUCGCAUGAAGUUGAUGGCUGACAACUAUGAGGAUGACCACUUCAAAUCUUCUCAUUCCAGCCAAACCAACCACAAACCCUCCCCAGAUCAGAUAAUCCAGCCCCUCUUAGAACUUGACCAGAACCGCAGCAAAUUGAAAUUGUACAUUGGACAUCUGACAUCUCUCUGCCAUGACAGAGAUCCCCUAAUUCUGCGAGGACUAACUCCACCUGCCUCUUAUCACCUGGACGAUGAUCGGGCAGCUUGGGAAAGUGAGCUGCAGAAGAUGACUCAGGAGCAGCUUUGCAGUGAAUUAGAAAAAGGUGAGCGAGACAAUGCAGAACUGCAGGAGUUUGCCAAUGCCAUCCUCCAACAAAUAGCCGAUCACUGCCCCGACAUUCUGGAACAGGUGGUCAAUGCACUAGAGGAGUCGUCCUGACGCCAUCAAACGACCUCGUGGGAAUGACCAACCCAACAGCCAACCCAUUCAGUCCAGGGACCUAAGAAAGGAGCAGUAAGAACUAUAGACAUCCAGGAACCUUUGGUUUGUCUUGCACGUGUUAAAACGAAUUAGCCAAACACCACAAACUACUUCCUAUCUCUGUUCUUGCAUCCAGAGUCCCACAACAUUUUUGCAUUCAUCUUUUUGCUGUGGAGGUUGUCUUCUCAUUAUUUGAGGGGGAUCCAUGGUAAGUGGCUUUCUCUCCACAAAGACCACUUAAUUGUCAUCAAUGAGUAACUAUUGGAAACUAGUGAUUCUGCUCCAGCACAGGGACAAGAAGUGGUUGCCUUUUCUCUUUUGUCCUUUUAACAUAAAAACAAAACCUACGGUUGCUUUUUAGUUCAAAAAAUGAUCUGCAAUAGGCCAGGAAAAUCUAGAGUGUGUUCUGUGUUUGAAAUGAUUUCUCUAAAAAGGGUAGUCUCACAGAAAGAGAAGUAGAGAAAGGAAGAGAGAGACAAAGGAGCAAAAUAAGAGAGAACUAACUCUUCCAUUUAAAUUAUAUUCGAGGGAGGAAGGUGCUCAAUAUUCAUUCUUUCUAUUACUUGCUUUUUCUCAUUAUUGAUUUUGUCUUCUGGGAGGCUUCAGGCUGGGAAGUAGCUACUUCCUUAUUGCCUCAGUAAUGGCUUAUUGAACACUAAUUCAAAACACCCCAUCAAAUCUAUCUUGUCUUUCCUUGGCCAUCUCCUCUGAAAAGCUAAUGUGAGGCUGCUAUAGAAAGUUCAGUCACACUGGAGCCCUUUGCUACUACUGCGCUUAAGGCUUCAAAGAAAAGUUUUCUAGAAAAUUUUAAAAAAUGAAUUAGGAUCCAGAGGAUUUCUCACAUUCUCACACACAGUCAAGUUUGCCUCUGAAGAAGAUAAACUGAAUCCAUAAAAGUCUGGCUCAGAACUUCUGAAUCCACAGUCAUUUUUCCAGGUCACUUCUUCUAGACUCUUAUCUAUUUUGAGCCAAUAACACAAUUGAUCCAGCUUCUUUUUUUUUUCCAGGCUCUUUCAGUGCAUUUUGUUUCUUUUGAUUUAUCAUGUUCUUGGGAAGGUGAGCUCUGGCCUCCCAGAGCCAGGACCUCCUCAUGUAUGACUUAGUGCCUUCCUGUCUUUCAGAUAGGCUCUCUUCAUUCCUCUCUAUCAAAAUGCCAUCCAGCCUCUCCCCAGUGAAAAAUGGGUUGUAAUUGCCAUGUGACAAACCUGGUUGAGAGUGAGAGAAUGAAGAAAUAUGUCCUUCUGUCCUUUGUGCCCCCACAAUCUUUAUAGAAUGAGAUUUUUUUAGUAAAUCUUUUUUUUUUCAAAAGCCUGCUUUUCUAAUUAUAGCAAAAUUGAUGCAUCUAGGGGUUUGAUUCACUUACUGCUUGGUCAGUAUUUUCAUUGUUUUUAGUUGUCCUAAAAAGGUUAUCCUAUUUAGGAAGAUAGUUUUGGAUGCCCUUUUAACACAUUCAAGCUGUUAGUAACCCUGGUUUUUACUGUCUAUAAACUGUAAAUCAGAAAUUAGACUCCAAAAUUACAAGAAUUCUUAAGUCAUAAAGGCUUUUUAAGGACUUUUCCAGAACACAAACAAGGACAGUGGUAAAUGAACAGACACUGCCACUCAAAUAUGGACAAUUCAUGUCAGAACUGUCCCUUUUACCACUUCCUUUGCCAGACAUCUACAUGUUUUGGUAAAAGACACUGCCCUAAAACAUUUAGGAUGUGCAUUUUCUCCCUCACCCUUAAUUACCAAAGGAAUUUAGUGCUAUCUAUAAAGUCAUCAUAUCCAUCAGUCUUAACAUUUUCCCACUGCCAUUCUCUGACUGACCCAUUAGCUUACAUUGUUGGUAAUCCAAGAACCCUCAUUCCCUGUUGUAAAACGAUACCUUAUCCGUGGGAGAUACCAGAAUUUUCUUUAUCCGUGGUCUAAAUAAAUCCAGCUCAUAAACUUCUUACUGAUAUGUUCCUUGAUAGGAAGGCUAAUUUGCUAAGAAGGGUGAGGAGAUGAGACAGUGAUUGGGGAGUAAUGGCAGUCAUUUGUGGCCAAUUACCUGAGUCUUAUUUGUUUAUUGCCCUACCUAUAAAUCAUCCAAAACUCCACAGCCUUUCUAGGUCUUGGAACAGUAGAGCCUUAAUUGAAUCUGUGGUGUAUAGCUGAACUUCUGAAAAACUAUCACGCCCUUGUCAGAGCAAGAUGGAGACAUCAGAUCCACAACCCUUGCUUGGGGAUCUGAGACCAUUCUGCCUGUUUCUUUUGACCAAAUUGACAUGGAAUGAUCUUAAGCAGGCCCACCUGUAGUUCUUACCUAUCUGGAGUAUCAACUCAUGCUCCCUUCCUUUUUACUCUCACUCUAGCCUUCCCCAUGGAUUUCCAUUGUGAAAUGGAAUGGAACAGAGUUGUUCUGACUUGAUCUCUCCUGAACCAUUCAUAAGCUUUUUGUUCCUACUUGGGUAGAGAUCCUGUCUUAUCAGAUAGUCCUAGAAAUUGCCUCGAAGACAAAGGCAUCUUUGGCCAGGAGUUAACAUUGAUGGUCACUUAUACUUUACCUUGCAGAAGGAAAAGUAAUUAGGUCAUUGGCAUUUGUUAUCUUCCUGGGCUUGGCACAGUCAUUCAGUCAAUACCUAUUGCCUCAUGGCUUAUUGGUAUAAGGCCUACAUGGGCAUCAUCAUGCAGACAUCAUCAAACAGUGACUGUUUUGAUUUUGCCAGAUCAUUUAACCUCUGCUCAGUGUUUUUUGUCUUGAUUAUCCUUUCACAUUUGACAAGGACUUUUGACAAUAAUCUUCCCAAAUUCCUCCAUUUCAUUAAUCAGUCUGUUUGCCCUUUCUCACUUGACAUUCCCCCUCCCCACACACAUACACACACACAUACACAUACACACACACACACACACACACACACACACACACACAAAAUAGUACCUGAAACAGGAACAAUGAAAGAAAGUGGUGGGCCGAAUUAGUGUAACAACAGUCAUCAACACUAAAGAAACAGAGAGUGUUUCUCUCUGUGUGUUAUGUCUCUCUGUCUCUCUCUCUCUCCUCCCACCCCCAUUUAUCCCUCCAAUCUUGAAGAAUCUGGAUUGAAGUUUGUAUACUGAUUUGAUUAAAAUGGAUGUCAUUCUAAGUUUGAAUGUAAUGAAACAUAUAAAUGAAAUUCUGUGAGUCCAUUUCAGUCCCGACAUUUAAUCCACUUCUCAUCACUUGGAGGAGUUUUGAGUGAAUCUAUCCCCUUUCCCUUUUUUAAGGAAACAAUUUAUCUGCAACAAUGAUAUAGGAUGUUAAAACCUGAGAUCUUCCUCGUAGUUGAUGGUACUGCUGGUAACAUUUAAAGUAAAGUUGUCUAGGUUCUUGGAGAAAGUGAGCUGGAAGGGUAGGAGAAACCUAGUUGUGCCUGGCAUUAAACUGUAAAAGGAGGGCUAGGUUUGAUCAUCCACCAAUAGAAACUAAGAGUCUGUCAUGUCUUUUGCCCAGAUAAAAGCCCUGGGAAAGGGAGGAAGAAAAUAAAAGGCGCCAAAUGCUAAAUUCCAGUGAUUCUACUGGGCUAAUUCCUCCCUCACUGAUGUUCCAGGACUAGUAUUUGGUGUUGCUGCUCAAAGGUUCUAUAUCAAAAAAAACAAAACAAACAAAAAAACAACCCACAUAGCUUUUCUAGACUUAGUUUCAUUCUGCCACCUGACCCCAUUUCCCAAAAGCUGUUAGCUGCUUCAUAUGUUUUACUUUUCUGCUCUAGGAAAUUUGGGAGUUUUCCAGAAGAUUAAAUGGUUCAUCUUUCCACUUUGUGGUAAAUUACCCCAAGACUAAAGCCUCAAGUCCAGGGUAUAUAUUUGGGCAAAUUUCAAGUUUCAGCAAGACCCUGUUUUCUCAGGAGUCACUUGUUUCCCCCAGCUAUCAAAGCACAGAGGCUAGAGGAAGUUGGUGGAAAGAGAGAAAGCAGUGAUUCAGCAGUACUAUUCCCAUAAAACCAGCAGGGACCUUCAUAGAGAUCAUGUGGGGGCCAUCCUCCGGAUGAGAUCCAUCCCACUCAUCCAGACAGUGGCGAGAAAACAAUUCUGACUUAACCAUUCAAAAGAAAGCUCUUUUUAAAAAUCUGUGGGGUUUUUCAUGUGAAUUGAGGGGAUAUUUAAGCAGGAAACAAAAGUCCCCUUCACUACAGGGAAAUCCUUCUGAACAAAAUGGUUGCCUCUGCCAACUCUUUUUAAAGCAAAAACUGUUUCCAAACUUUUUAGUGUCAAAACUAUAACCAGGAGGCCCCUGACUUUCCUGAUGUGUUUGGCAAGUGCUGUGACCCUAUCAUUGAUAUUUCUUCUCCUGACUUUUUGGGGGGGAUGAAGAGGUUUAGGAUUUGAUUUCUUGGGUUCUUUGUCCCCCAUCCCUCCUCCUGUUUUGCUGUUUUGUUUCUCUGCUUGUCAAUAUUGUCUGUGUGGUCCAGAGAACUGGAGCAGUUAUAAACCAUGUGUGUCCGUUGUUGAGAUGUUUGUUGUUUUUUUUUAAUGAGAGAGAAAAAAAAUAGUAGUAGAACUGAAAAAUAAAGAACUGUGUUUUAUAAAAAAAAAUAAUAAUAAUAAAAUGCAAACCAAUAUUGUUUUAAUAAAGGAAUUCAAGCUAGGGGCAGCCAAACUCCUCCCCCUCCUCCCAGGCUUGCUGAGGAAAAAUUAUGGGCCUGCAUCUGGACGUUUUACCUUUUUUUUUUUUUUUUUUUUUUUUUUAACAAGGCCUAGAAGAAAAUGAAAACUUGAUCUUUUGAGUAAAAGUUUCAGAGUCCAUGCCCCCAGUGCCUAGCACCAUGUAGCAUCAGGGGCUGAUCUCUUUGACACUUUGUCUAAGUUCAUUAGCUAUGGUGCUAGGGUGAGUGGUUGGCGGCCCCCUUUCUGGCAACAGCCACAGUACAGGCCACACAACCUCUUUCCUCCCCCCUUGGUGCUAUUUCAUCCAGUUAACCUCUCACUUUUCAGGCUAGCCUGAAGUCUACAUGCCAGGUGAGACCAAUUACACUCAGUUCUCAACUCCUUCAACUUUUAGUCCUCUAAUUCUACUCUUGAACUUUUUAAACCUCUUAAGUUUUCUGGGCCAGAAAAUCUCUAGCCAGUGAAGAUGCUUUUAUUAAAGGAGAUAAAUUAGACCAAAGCCAGAGGACUCAUUCCUGGGCCUGAGCAAGGUUUUUGGACCCGGCCCCUCCCCCCCCAUCCUGUACCAUACCAGUAUUUCAUUCACCCUAAUACAAGGAUUGUGAUCCUUUAUGACCUGUCUGCCCCCUGCAAGAACAGCCCAGUAGAAAGUCAAACAAGUCAGCAUGUCCAAGGUAGGAACAUUAGGUACAGCCUGGGACUCUCUCCUCUGCUUGCUUCAGAAGAGAGGUGUUGCACUUUAGUGGAGGAGGAAAGGAGUCUCUAGGGUACCAUCUCCCUUACAGCUUGAGUUCCUUUUUGGUAACAGAGGCAGCUGGAGAUGCUGGUGUUACCGUACCUGCCCACUGCCUUCAAAUGUAUGUGUGUGUGUGUUAUUGCUGGAGUUGUGUAACUGACAGGAUAAUGAUAAUGCAAAGAAAUUGUGUUAUAUUCAACUUUGCCUUGAUAAUUAUUAUAAACACUUUGUUCGGUUUUCUUUUUUUAUUCACAAACUUAAUUCAUCAGGAAGCUAUAAAAGUUAUUUAAAAAUUCUA